AUGGACUUACAUAUCUUUGCCCGCGAGAUGCCGGCUCCUCACUCGCAGAACACGACCUAUGUAUCGCCGUAUACUCGAGGACUUCUCGGCGUCCGCGUCAAUCUCGACCAUCUCGUCACCAUCCUGCUCGCGGGCUCCAUCGGGGUCGCCUGUGUGAUCAUCCUGCUGGUGCGCUUCACCCAGAUGUCCCAUGCAUAUCUGCGGCAGGUCACUUCAGCCACCGGCAGCUCAAACCAGCAACGGUUCUGGGGCGCCGAGCAGUCGACUCUGUGGUCAGACAUCAAGAAGCAUGUCCUCUAUGCACCUCUGGGAAGCAAACGGCACAACCGCGAGUUCAAGCUGUCCGAGGCUGUCAAUGUGGGCACUUUGCCCUCCAGGUUCCACACAGUGCUGUUGACAUGCUACCUCCUCAGCCAGGUGGCAUACUGCUCGGUCCUGGAUUAUCGUGCCAACAACAAAGCCGCGCUGGUCGCUGAGCUUCGAGGCCGAUCUGGAAACCUGGCCCUCCUGAACAUGAUCCCCCUGUUUAUCCUGGCCGGUAGAAACAACCCACUAAUUCCAUUGCUGCGUGUCUCCUUUGAUACCUACAAUCUUAUGCACCGAUGGAUCGGCCGCAUUGUCAUUAUCGAAUCUAUUGUUCAUACCAUUGCCUGGAUGGUCAAUGCCGUGGCUGCACAUGGUCAUUCAAAGAUGUGGAACGAUAUCUGGCAUGAACCCUUCUACACCUGGGGAUUUGUUGCAACCGCAGUUAUGGUCUUCAUUCUCAUACAGUCUCCCUCGCCUGUGAGACAUGCCUUCUAUGAGACAUUCCUCCAUCUGCACCAACUCGGCGCCAUAGUCAUUGUCCUGGGCAUCUACUUCCACCUAGAUAUCGACGGUCUUCCUCAACUGCCAUGGUUCAAAGGCAUCAUCAGUCUCUGGGCCUUUGAGCGUGGUGCUCGGUUCUUUCGAAUCCUCCGUCUCAAUGUGUCUCGCCGCAAUGGUCUUACUCGUGUAGUAGUCAAGGCACUGCCAGGUGAAGCUAGCAGAGUGACCUUCUAUCUCCCUAAACACACGAAGAUCAACCCCGGCAGCCACGUCUACGCCUAUCUUCCACGCAUAUCUUUCUGGAUGUCCCACCCCUUUUCCGUUGCAUGGGCUGAACAAGGCUCUGCCUCACUGCCCAAGUCACCCAAGACAGACAAGUUCAGUGAUUCCUCCAAGUCCUCCCUUUCCCGGAAACCGUCCACCAUGACCACCUCUUCAACGUCCUCGCCUGAUCUCGAAAAGGGCCAUUCUCGAAACGCUGCACUCGCCACAGAUGACUCCCAACCAACCUGCGUCUCUCUCAUCAUGGCCGCGCGUACCGGAAUGACCCGCAAACUGUACAAUGCCGCGCUGGCAUCGCCAAACCUCACGUUGGAAACAACCGGAUUCAUUGAGGGUCCCUAUUCCUCCCACCCUUCUUCCUUUGGCAGCUAUGGCACCGUCGUUCUUUUCUCUGGCGGUGCAGGCAUAACCCACCAUCUGAUGCAUGUCCGUGAUCUUCUCGCCGCCGCCGAUGCAGGCACAGUAGCCACUCGCCGUAUAUACCUUAUCUGGUCCGUCCGUACGACCGAGCACCUUGCCUGGGUCCGUGGCUUUAUGGAUUCCAUCCUGCAUAUGCCUAAUCGUCGGGAUGUCUUGGUUACCAAGCUAUUCGUCAGUAAACCCCGAAGUCAGCGUGAAAUCCAAAGCCCCAGCACUACUCUUCAAAUGUUUCCCGGCCGAUGUCGACCCGAUGUCGUGCUUGAGGAAGUUCUAUCCGACCCGGUUGGCGCUACGGGCGUUAGCGUCUGUGGCCCUGGAGCCUUUGCAGAUGAAGUACGUUCCAGCGUAAGGAAGCGGAUUGGCCAGGGACAAGUGAUCGAUUUCGUUGAAGAGGCAUUUACCUGGUAA